AUGUCUUCAACAAACGGUUCUAAUCGUCCACCAUCUGGGUUUGUCUCAAUUCCUGUUGAAAUCAUUCGUGAACCGAAGCCGGCUGGCUCAGAUUCACAUUCAAGGCAUAAUUCUCCAUUUCGAACACUUUACAAUGACAAUGUAUAUACUGGAUUUUCAGAUCCUCAUUCUUGGGGUUCGAAUUCACCUAGCCGGUUUCAAACACGACCAGGCUUAAAUCCAACAACAUUUGAUCGCCCAAUGCCAAGUUCACAAUUUAAUCAACCAUUCAAUGAUUUCAAUUCAUAUCAAACACAUCAAGAACCUCAAUUUUAUCAACAACCACAACAACGAAUAUACGAACCAGGUUCAUCACAUUUUCGUCGUUCUAGCGAAGAUCUGUUGUCAUCACCGUUUGAUUCAAAUCGUUUUACUACUCUACCACAAUAUACUUCAUUUAUACCAUCUACAUUUGGUAGUGCUUUUCGAACUGAUUCAGAUUUCGUUCAACCAAACAAAUUUUCAAAUAAUUUUCGUCGAUCAUUCGAUGCUCUUAAUGAUUUUGCAGAUAUGCAUCAAAGUUUUCCGAUGAGUCAACAAUAUCCAUUCGAACAACAACAAUCUCAACCCCAACCUCAACCCCAAUCUCAACCCCAACUCCAACCCCAGCUCCAACCUCAGCAACAACAACAACAACAACAACCCUAUUAUCGAUCAACAUUUCAAACACAAUACCAACCACAACCUCAACAGCCACAGCAGCCAACUUAUGCUAACCAAGCUUAUAUUAAUCCAAAUAUUAUUUAUACAAAUGAAUACGGUACACCAAUGGAUCAUUAUCAAUCGAAUACGUCCCAAGGAAAUGGAAACAAUAGCUCAAAUGAUCGUGCUCGUUCACCGGCUACUCAACGAGGUAGAUCACCAGCUAAACCUCCAUUUACUACAUCACAGCAACAGUCACAACAACAGCAACAACAACAACAACAGCAGCAGCAGCAGCAACAACAGCAACAGCAACACAAGCAGCAAGAUGAGCCUGAACUUAAAAUGGCUAAAGAUACAGAUGGUCCAAUUCCAAUGCCAGCACCGGCUUCUUCUUCCGCUUCAGCAUCUACAACCCAAUCUUCUGAUCAACAAGUUCCAUCAGGUGAUAAUUCAGCAUCAGCGCAUGUUCCAUCACCACCACCACCACCACCACCAUCAACAUCACAACAACCUGUACGUGAUCUUAAUGCAUUAGCUUUAGAAAAGCUUCAACAAAUUAAACAAAGUUUGGACGAUCUUGAAAAUCAAGUUGACAAGUUCACUGGCUCAACUCGUAAUGAGCGUGCCUAUAAAUUACUUGAUGAACAAGCAUUGAAAAUAAUGAUACGUUGCGAUGAACUAGUCGAUGUUAGUGCUGAUAUAAAAGAAAAACGAAAAGAAAUGAUACGCAAUGUAGAAAAAGUAAUUGGUCAACUUGAAUCGAAAGUUCCACAAACUCCUGUUGCGGAACAAAAUAGUAAUCCUAUGGAAACAGCAACUACUUCUAUUAGUGAGUCACUCAGCAAUACUAAAAAUAAAAGCAUACAAGAAACUAUUGAAAAUUCAUCUUCAAGUCUGCCGCAAGCAAAUGUCUCCUCUUCAAUAUCAGCAUCAACAGAACAAUCAACAUCAACAUAA